UUCAUGACGUGGCAUAUACCAUUUCCUCUUUCUACUCUCUCUCUAAUUUGCGUUUCUUCCAUUUUUUUUUUCUGUACUUUUUCUUCUGCCAACGAACCCUAAUCCCCCAAAUCGAUUUCUCAUCGGAGGAACAAUCAAAUCCGAUCUCUUUCGUGGUUCUUAGCUCUAGUUUUCAAAUCCAUCAUGAGUUUGAUGAUCGUUGUGGGAGGACUAUAAUGAUCGGACUCUUUGCGUCCCGUCUCGAUUGCAUGGGGUUUGAGCUAUGCCGGAGCUUCGCCGUGGAGUCCGACGUGGUCGUGGUGCUGCUUCUGUAGCUAUAAAUCAGCUGGAACAGCCACCUGCGGAGAGAAAGCAGCGGCGGAAUUACGGCAGAGGCCGUGGUGCGAUCGCUGGCGGAGCCCUCGAGGCGGCGGAAAGGCCUAGAACGAGAUUGGCCGCGAGGAGGCUAAAGCAGGAAGACAAGGGUAUCGUUCAGGAGAACCCGGUGAUUAUAGUUUCAAAGGAGAGUGACAUCGAUAGGAAGAAGGGUAAGAAAGUUGUCGGUGAAGAAGAUAAGAAAGCAAUGGCAAUCGGUAACGAUAGCGGUGGAUCGAACAAGGCGGCUGCGCAGGAAGAGGAAGGCAAUACGGCGCCAUUCCCAGAGAGGGUCCAAGUGGGAGGAUCACCUUUAUAUAAGGUUGACAGGAAGUUGGGGAAGGGUGGGUUUGGACAAGUAUUUGUCGGCCGUCGUAUUGGUGGUGGGAAUGAACGUAGUGCAGGAGCAAGCAUCAUGGAGAUAGCACUGAAGUUUGAGCAUCAAAGCAGCAAGGGUUGCAACUAUGGUCCUCCACAUGAAUGGCAGGUGUACAACACCCUUGGUGGUAGUCAUGGAGUCCCUAGAGUACACUACAAAGGGAAGCAAGGAGACUAUUAUGUUAUGGUUAUGGACAUGCUUGGCCCGAGCUUAUGGGAUAUAUGGAAUUCUUCAGGACAGGCAAUGUCCUCGGAAAUGGUAGCCUGCAUUGCAGUUGAGGCCCUAUCCAUCCUUGAGAAGAUGCAUGCAAAAGGUUAUGUUCACGGAGAUGUUAAACCAGAGAACUUUUUACUUGGCCAGCCUUCAACGACUCAAGAGAAGAAGCUGUUCCUUGUUGAUCUUGGAUUAGCGACAAAAUGGAGAGAGAGCGGCACUGGACAACAUGUUGAAUAUGAUCAACGUCCUGAUAUGUUUAGGGGGACAGUUCGAUAUGCAAGUGCACAUGCUCAUUUGGGAAGAACUGCCAGCAGAAGGGAUGAUCUUGAAUCCCUGGCAUACACGCUCAUCUUCCUUCACAGAGGCAGAUUGCCAUGGCAAGGAUAUCAGGGAGAUAAUAAGUGCUUCUUGGUUUGCAAAAAGAAGAUGGCAACAUCACCUGAUAUGCUUUGCUGUUUCUGCCCUCCUCCUUUCAAGCAAUUUCUCGAAAUUGUGGUAAACAUGAAAUUUGAUGAGGAACCCAACUAUGGCAAGUUAAUCUCUUUGUUUCAAGAUCUCUUAGGACCAAACCCAUCCAUAAGGCCUAUAAAUACAGAAGGUGCUCAAAAGAUCAUUUUUCAAGUUGGACAGAAGCGAGGUAGGUUGAGCAUUGGGGAAGAAGAAGAAGAGGUGCCUAGGAAAAAAGUCCGUCUAGGAGUUCCCGCAACACAAUGGAUAUCAAUUUACAAUGCUAGGCAGCCGAUGAAACAAAGGUACCAUUAUAAUGUGGCCGAUAUAAGAUUGGCACAGCAUAUUGAAAGAGGUAUUGCGGAUGGUUUGUUGAUAAGUUGUGUGGCAUCAUGUUCUAAUCUCUGGGCCCUGAUAAUGGAUGCUGGAACCGGGUUCACGAGCCAAGUUUACGAACUGUCUCCUGUCUUCUUGCACAAGGAGUGGAUAAUGGAACAAUGGGAGAAGAACUACUAUAUAAGUUCUAUUGCUGGGGCAAACAAUGGAAGCUCCUUAGUUGUCAUGUCAAAAGGUACGCAGUUUACACAACAGUCUUACAAAGUUAGUGAUUCAUUCCCCUUCAAGUGGAUAAACAAGAAAUGGAGAGAAGGCUUCCAUGUGACCUCAAUGGCCACAGCUGGAAGUCGAUGGGGUGUUGUCAUGUCUCGCAACGCAGGCUACAGUGAACAGGUUGUCGAGCUUGAUUUUCUCUACCCGAGUGAGGGUAUCCACAGGCGUUGGGACGGUGGGUUCCGAAUCACGUCAACAGCCGCAACUACCGAUCAAGCUGCUCUCAUCCUCAGCAUUCCAAGACGUAGGCUGGUUGAUGAAACACAAGAGACGUUGCGUACAUCACAAUUUCCCAGCACACAUGUUAAGGAAAAAUGGGGGAAGAACCUCUAUCUUGCAUCUCUAUGCUAUGGGCGUACUGUCUCUUGAGACUUAGUAUUGUUGCAAGAAAAAAGAAAACUCUUUUGGCUCUGUUUCCUAUUAGUUUCUUUAUGGCUCUGCUCCCCUGCCUCUUUUCUUUCUUUCCUCAGUUCAAUUGUGAAGCAAUGUUGUUGUGUUUGCCAGCCAGGCAAUUACCAGUGGCAGCAACGUUCACCAAAGUGUAUUUAUACUGACUCUUGUGGGAAAAAUGUUCUGCUAUCAAUAUUGACAAAUAUGGAAUA